GUGUUCCAAGUAAUUCCGUUGGGUGACCAAAUCGUAUCACCGCUCACGCUCUCGGCUGCUGUGCUUGAGUCUGUUGCAGGUAACACCAGAACAUCUGACCGUCUCCUGAAGCAUCCAUGUCCUAUCAAACCGGCUCCAACAACCAUUUGUGGUAGAACAGUUCCAGUCACCCAUGAAUCAUAUCUCAACAGACUCGUGUCCGUCUGGAAUGACCUUCCGCUACAAUCCAUUGCCCUAGAGGGGGCAAUCGCCUCGUUGCAAGGACAAUAAACUUCACUUCACUUCACUUCACUUACAAGAAGACCAGGAAAACAGACAGCAGUCAACAGCCCGCAACCGAAACCAGCUGAUCAUCCCAGAAAAUCGCGUUUAUCCAAAAUCCGCAUCGUAGUGCACGCUGAGAAUCGCCUGCGCAUCCAGAAAAGGACGCCCGCCCGUUACGUAUGUUACGUGAUGGCUUAUUUUGGCUUGCAUGUUUUUUGGCAUCGGUGUUUAUUAGUAAGUUUAGUACUGUGCCUUUGUUUUGUUUCUUUUUUGAUUAUUUUGCAACUUGCUGCUUCUGUUAAGUGCAUUUCGAAGUUUUCAACAUCAUUUUUAUUCGCUACAAAUUUCUGUGAACUGCACGACUUGCAGUUUGAAUUCAGCCGUUUUCUGCAUGUUGGUAAGUUGAUGACUCAACGAUUCCUUGAUUCGGCAUGAUCGCAACUGCUGCCGCAGUGUUCCCGAGACUGUGUAUAAUUCGUACGUGCAGACCUGGAAUACGACAUGCCAGCUCAAAAACCAAACCGAAGCCGAAGAACGACGACUCUGGCUCUAAAAAGAAAUACUCCUCCACCGUCAUCUUGCCAAAGACGACUUUUCCGAGACGGAUUGCGGAUGGCGAACCACGUGUAGCUCUUGAUGAGAGUAUUCGCGUAUCCGCCAAGUUUGAUGAUUUAUACACUCACUUGCAAACUGUGCGCGCUGAUCGGCCGGAAUUUAUCCUGCACGAUGGGCCACCGUACGCUAACGGCGACUUGCAUGUGGGCCAUGCCGUCAACAAGAUUCUUAAAGAUAUUACUAACCGAUACAAAAUCUUGAAAGGAUUCCGAGUGGAUUAUCAGCCCGGCUGGGAUUGCCAUGGAUUGCCCAUUGAAUUGAAGGCGUUGCAACGGCUAAAAAUCAAAGAUGGCAAAAAGGAGCCUCUGCGAGUGCGCACGGAGGCGGAGAAGGUGGUGGAAGAGUAUUCGGGAAUUCAGCGGGAUGGAUUCCGCCGCUGGGGUGUUGUUGCUGAUUGGAGCAGCGGAAAGAACACGUACUUUACACGCGAUCGUGCGUACGAGGCCAAACAGAUCGAGUUAUUUUGGAAUUUAUUUAAAGAAAAGCUAAUCUACAGGGAUCUAAAACCAGUGUACUGGUCACCGUCUUCCCAAAGUUCUUUGGCGGAAGCGGAAUUAGAGUACAAUAAUAACCACAAAAGCACCGCCGUCUAUGCUGCUUUCAAACUGAUGAAAAAGCCGGAGUUAAUUCAACUUUCCAGCGAAGAAGAGAAAUUACCAUGGUAUGCGGUUAUUUGGACAACCACUCCGUGGAGUCUUCCCGGCAACCAAGCCAUCGCAUUCAAUCCUAACGUCUCAUAUGUAUUGGCUGUCUCAACAAGCCCUGAAAAACCGGGAGUUUUUCUUUUUGCGGAGAACUUCAUCGACCGUUGCUCGGAAUUGACUGGGUUGCAAUUCAAGAAGAAAGGAUUUUUUCCGGGUGGAUAUUUGCGGAGCGCAACAUACGCGCACCCGUUGUACGAAUCCAAGGAAUGCCCAUUCCUUCCAGGAGAUUACGUAUCAGCCGAAAAAGGCUCCGGCCUCGUGCAUACAGCCCCCGCGCAUGGGCACGACGACUACCUGCUAGGGCUGGCAAACAAGUUGGAUACAUCCGUUUGUUACGUGGAUGAGGACGGUAAAUUUACACCUUCGGCAGGAUUUGACUUGCCAGGGCUUGAUGCUCUCACCGAAGGGACCAGUGCUGUUAUUUAUCACUUGAAUUCUCGAGGACUGCUUUUGCAUUGUGACGAUGAAUUUGUGCAUUCGUAUCCCUAUGACUGGCGCACCAAGAAGCCUGUAAUUCUCCGUGCCAGUGACCAGUGGUUUGUUGAUGUGGAAAAACUUAGAGACGCUGCAGUAGAAGCUCUGGGGAAAGUGGAAUUUAAUCCUAGCAAUGGUAUGGAUUAUAUGAAGCAGCAACUGCAGCAAAGGCCGUAUUGGUGUAUAUCUAGGCAGCGCGUGUGGGGCGUUCCCAUCCCAGUGUUUUAUGAUGAGACGAACAAGUCAUUAAUCAGUAAGGACAGUAUUGAGCACAUUAGGACUGUGAUAGCCGAAGAAGGUUCGGGUGCGUGGUGGAACCGCGAUGUACCCAGUCUGCUUCCAGAGCCAGUUAGAUGUUCGCUGGGACUUCUACCGGAUGCAGCUGUGCGCAAAGGCACGGAUAUUCUCGAUAUAUGGUUCGAAAGCGGAACUUCGUGGGCUUGUGUGUUAGGAAAUAAGAAGGUGGCAGACCUGUAUCUGGAAGGGCAUGAUCAGUAUGGUGCAUGGUUUCAGACGUCACUAUUGACCAGCGUUGCACUACGAAAUAUUGCACCGUAUAAGAAAAUAUUUGUGCAUGGCUUUGCGUUGGACGAAAAAGGAAGGAAAAUGUCCAAAUCGCUUGGAAAUGUGAUACACCCGGAUUCAGUUGUACAGAAAUACGGUGCUGAUGCUCUUCGGAUUUGGGUUGCGCAGUUUGCUACUGGUUCUACAAAUAUUUUGUUUGGUCCGAAACUUGUGGAUAGCGUAGUGGAAAAUAUUGCUAAAUGGCGCAGCAUCUUCAGCUUUAUGCUUGGAUGCCUGCAUGGAUAUAAUCCAGCGACGAACAGCCUUCCUUUUGAGCAGCUGUGCCUUACUGACCGCUACAUGCUCCUAAAAACGCACAAAUUUGUUUCAGACAUCGACCAGCAUUACCGGAACAUGGAAUACAAUAAAGUCAUCAUAGACUUUAUUGCUUUUGUAAGCGUCAGUGUUUCGGCAUUUUACUGCACUGUGAUCAAAGACCGCUUGUACUGCGAACCACACAAUAGCGUCAAGCGCCGAUCGGCUUUGACGACUUUGCAUUAUGUGCUGGAAAGCUUACUCCUUGUGAUUGCUCCCAUUGCACCGUAUUUAACAGAAGAGGUGAACAGUUAUCUGGAAUCAUCAAACAAGACUUUUGGAAACUUUUUCGCGGAUAACGUAUGGAAGGAUGCGACUGUGUCGGUACAAGACGAGACCGCAGUACUUCGUAUGUUCGACGUGCUUGAGGAAAUACGGAACUCGGUCAAUCAACAGUUUACGGGAGAACAUUUGCUGAAAUUGAAUUUACGAUUUAUGCUGACACCCGAUGUCUUUCAACUGCUGGCGCCUUUUUGCGACGAGAAAGCUUCUCAGGAAAUGGCAGAUUUUUUCGGAGUUUCUAUGGUGCAUAUAGAGCAGUGGAGAAAUGUUAAUUCAUUGGAAGAUUCUCGCUUUGAUGUCUCAGGAGAGAUAAAGAGUAAUGGAAUUACCGGACGUUUCGGUGUUUCUCGUAUAAAUGUGGAAAAGCGGCCAUGCGGUCGUUGUCGGAAGUUUUUGCUGGACAAAGUUGAGCAAGAUCUAUGUGAACGGUGUAUUGGUGUUAUCGGUGACAACUGGAGUGUUUAACUCAUUUUGUGAUGUUGCAAUCACAUUGGAAACCAGACUGUUUUUUGAGAUGUUACAUGAAAUAAAAAUGGUGAA